AUGGAAAUCUUUGCCGCAAGGCUUUUGGAGACGAAGACUCAUUUGAUCCCAGGUAAAUUCAGAGUCUCGGAGCUGCUUUUCGAAGUCCCCAAAGACUAUGCCAAUCCUGCAAGGGGAAGCCUUCAAAUUUUCGGUCGCGCAGUCUCCAGGCAUGAAAAACCAGCCGCUGUCCCCUCAGAGGAGGAGCGCCGCAAGAAAUCCCAGAAGCCAUGGUUUGUUUAUCUGCAAGGAGGGCCAGGCUUUGGAUGCUCAGCUCCGCAAAAUGUUUCAAUGACCAAUAUCGUUCUUGAUCGAGGUUAUCAGAUGCUCUACCUUGAUCAGCGAGGUACAGGUCUGAGCAGUCCGAUCUCAGCUGCAACUCUUGCUUUGCAGGGAGAUGCGCAUAGACAGGCGGACUAUCUGAAACUGUUCCGGGCGGAUAGUAUCGUCAAGGACUGCGAGGCAGUGCGGAAGACACUUACUUCCGAUUAUCCGUCUGAGUUGAAACAAUGGUCUAUCUUCGGUCAAAGCUUUGGAGGCUUUUGCGUACUUACUUAUCUCUCUUUCUUUCCCCACGGACUUCGAGAAGCGUUCACAUCAGGUGGGCUAGCACCAGUUGGUCGGACGCCCGAUCAGGUAUAUAAGGCGACCUACCAGAAGGUCAUAGAGCGUAAUAAGGCUUACUACUCCAAAUAUCCUGAAGACAUUGAAGCAGUUCAAGGUCUUUGUUUCCAUAUCAAAAGCAAAGGCGGCGUUCCGCUUCCAUCAGGUGGUGUUCUAACAGUCAGAGGACUAUUAACACUGGGCAGAAAUUUUGGAGUACACGGUGGCCUCGACACUGUGCAUGACUUGAUACUACGGUGCAAGUUAGACCUCUCCCAAUUCCAAUUCAUAAGCCGCCCUUCGCUCUCAGCACUCGAAAGUGCCCUCAGCUUUGACGAUAAUGUCCUCUAUGCAAUAUUACAUGAAGCUAUUUAUUGCCAGGGUGUUGCUUCAAAUUGGUCGGCAGAAAGAGUCGGAAGAAGCUAUAGGGAGUUUCAAUGGCUUGCUGGUUCCCCCCAAUCCGCAUCUAGCGUUCGAGAAGCGCCACUGUUCUUCUCCGGCGAGAUGAUAUACCCCUUCCUAUUCGAUGCAUUCCCCGAGCUCGAAAAGCUCGCUCCGGUCGCGGAUAUGAUAGCUAAAUACACUGACUGGCCCGACCUCUAUGACGAGUGGCAAUUGGCCCGGAAUUCUACGACUCUUUACGCAGCGACGUUCAUUGACGAUAUGUACGUGGAUUUUGGGCUUGCGCAGGAGACUGUAAAGCUGGUCAAAAAUUGUAGACAAGUGAUUUCGAAUACCAUGUACCAUGAUGCAAUCAGAAGCAGGACGGACGAGGUUCUCAAGGAGCUGUUUACGCUCAGGGACGACUCGAUUGAUUAA